AUGCGUUUCAUGUGUUUUGCCGUCGCGUCGGUGGCGCUGCUAGCGGCCUGCGUUUGCGCGCCGGCGGGGCCGGACGUGAUUCAGCGCAUACCGCAAAGAGAAGCAACACAGUCAGCUACAGGAGAAGGUGGUGCGAGGUCUGGUGCUGCGGGAAGAGGUGUAGCUGCUUCUGAAACCCAGCCGCCGGCGGCGAGGGCGCGCCGUGAUCUGGGAGGCCUGGAAAGCGACUUGCUGCCGUCCAGUGACGACUUGGACGGCUCACCUUUUAGUGACAGCUUUCAACUGGAGGGGCACAGCCGCAUUAAGUUACAGUCUGACCCUGCUAUGUCAAAGGAUAUCGAGAUUCUACAAGAAAUAAUUACUUUU